CUGCUGUCAUAGUAACAGAAGAUCAACCUUAACAAUAUGGCGGUCAAAUUUACCUUUUGACUGAUGCUGCAAGUGAGCAAUCGCGAGUUUAAGUAAAAAGGCGCUUGAAUAAAGAGAGAAUAUGUCAGAAUUUUCCGACUUCGAAGAUGAAGAAGGUGUUGAGGAGCCAGAUAUGGAAAAUGAAGAUGGAGAGGAGAAAGAAGAAGAGAAUGUGGAGCCAACUGAUAAUCCAUUAACAAAGGAGGUUGUUGGAGAUUGUCUGUCAUUGAUCUGUAAAACAGGAAAUGGCCUUGCACAUGCUUAUGUGAGGCUUGAUGUUCAUGAAAGGGGUUUAACAGACAUCAGCAUACUGAAUUGCUUCAUCCAUCUCAGAUAUGUGGAUAUCAGUGGAAACAAACUCAAAGAAAUAACUGCAUUGAAUUCACUUACUCAUUUAUUAACCCUCAAGGCUGAUAAAAAUCUUCUCAGAAGUGGCAAAAUGGAAGAGAUGCCAUACCUACAAGUUGCAAGUUUUGCAAAUAACAAAAUAAUGGAUUCUGAAGGAUUUGAUCACCCACUGCUUGAGUCUUUAAACUUGAGAAAUAAUGACAUAAUCGAAGUGACUGGGCUUAACCCAAAGCGACUAGCGCGGUUGAAAACUUUAGAACUUCGAAGCAACAAGCUGAUCAGCACAAAAGGAAUUGAACUGCCAAACCUAACAAGACUAUACUUGGCUGCAAACAAAAUUCGUUCUUUGGAAGGCUUACCAACUCUGAAUCAUUUGGUAUUUUUGCAUUUGCGUGGGAACAGCAUCGAAAAACUUGACGGCUUUUCUGAAGAAAUGGCCAACUUGCAGUAUCUUAACCUCAGGCAAAAUAACAUUUCUGAAUUAUCAGAAGUUACAAAACUGAAAUGUCUUCCAAUGCUGCGAGCUCUGGUUUUACUGGAAAACCCUGUAUGCAUGGAAAACGGCUACAGAAUCGAAGUACUGAUUUUACUACGAAGAUUAGAGAGACUUGAUAAGGAUCCUAUAAAUGAGGAGGAACGACAGGAAGCAGAAGAGAUCUAUGAACAAAGACGCCAGGAAGAGGCACAAAGUGCUGGGGCAGAGGUGAUUCAGCUAGAGGAGGAAGAUGACUGAAUUUGUUUAAGUACUUUUUCUGAUUCGCUUUCUGAUUUUGUUAGCUUAGAUUUUGUUUAAGUGCACAUACUAGAUAAACUGUUUUAUGGAUUCCUAUCUGAUAUUAACAAAUGUUACAACAAUUGAAGAGUUCCAGUGCAAGAAGGGGAGGAACACUUUUUAACUGGAAUUUUGAUUAUUACGAUUUUGCGCUCAAGACAUUCUGGUACAUGUUCUGGGAUUUCCGGUUUCCUUUAGAUCGCUGGACAGUAUGAGCUUUGAAUACAGUAGAAUUGCUCAAUCAAACCAGCCCCCGUUAUAACCAAUCGAAGAUCUUAUUGCGUCGAUGCCAUUUGAUUUAGCUAUCUGGCUUGACGAGCCCUACAUCUAGCAAACCUCCGUUUUAUCAAACUCCCGCUACAACGAAUUCCUUCUGCAAAGUAGUUUUCUGGGUGUAUUGAAAGUUGAUCACACUAGGGUCACAUUUUUAAGAUGCUCAAUAUUUUGCGUAUCAUUAAUAAAUUCUGAUCCUUCCAGAGACUUGAUAUUGUAUCUUUUUGCCCCAGAACUUCGAAAUAGCUACAUGUUUUGUACCAGCAAAGUGUAGCUGUCGAAAAGUACUCCAGAAAUACACAACCCCUUUCUUUCAAAAAGUUUGUGAUUCUAUGAUAAGAAAGAAGCUAUCGACUCUUCGUAAACUAUUUCACGAUUUUAGUUUUCUUUUUCUGUUACGUUUUUCGGUUACUUGUAAAUAAAAGGUUGUAUUAAGAGGACUCAAACUCUUUACGUUUCGUUGUUUCGUUGUUUGUUACGAAUGGCAUUUAACAAAUUGGUUUGGUAAUCUCUGUUGCUAUUUCUUAUCAAAGUAUGCAUUAGAAAAUGCUUUGAUUUUAUUAACUUUUGCUCAUUUCUUUUAAUUUAGAAUCGCAUUGUUUCAGGCUCUUGGACUUGAGUGUAAAACAAAUAGAUUAGCUGCAUACAAGCGAAAAGGAUAGCACUAAUUGUUUUUAUUGAUUUCAAUCGAUCUUGCGAUGCCACAUUCUUA